UGGCUCAACGUGUGGCUGACAAGAGGAAGCAGUUGUCACUCCCCCUAAGAAACAUAUUAUAAAAGAGGCUGUAAACCUUACAGCCAAAGCCUUCUGGAGGGAAGGGACCAAGAGCUGGUCUUGUUUGUCUUCUGGGCUUACCUGACACCUGUGACACAGCAAAUCUGUGGUCAUGAAGAUCCUUUACCUGCUCUUUUCUCUCCUCCUUUUGGCACUCCAGGUUUCUCCAGGUUUGUCUUCACCCCGGCGGGACAUGCUUUUCUGUAGACAUGGGUCCUGUCACUUUGGAAGAUGUCCCUUCCAUAUGAUUAAAGUUGGAAAAUGCUUUGGGUUCCGCUCCUGCUGCGAAUUGCCAUGGCAUGUAUAAAGACUUCAUGGAGUGUCCAUUCAAGAGCGAUGAAAAUUUCUCCUAACCCUAGGAAUUUGCUUUGAAUACCCUUACUGCUAAAACCACCACAUCCUGCUACAAAGCCUCAUGCAUCUCUCAUUUUUAUUCCAAGAAGCUUUAUGAUGUAGAAUAAAUCUAAAUAUAUUCUGCAUUGCUUUCCCUCCUUUUAAAUAAAUUGUUCUUGCUUAGCAUUCA